GUUGAACAUUGCGUCAUAAAACCGGCACAGGCAAGUCACAAUGACAUUGGUUUUACUCUUCAAGACAAGUUUAAACUCAUCUUAAGUAUUUGUGACACAUUCACCUUGAGGCAUUGAGGAGGAAUAGCUUAUGAUGUAUAUUUUUAUAUCUCAGAACCAUUUGCUUGCAUUGGUUGUUUCCAAGAUACUCUGAAUUGAACAAUUUUAAAAACAAAAUGGAAAACAUCUUUGGCCUCUUAUACAAUCAAGACAGUUUUAGAGGAGGCUUGUUACAUAGUUUAGAUUAUGUAUGAGAAGUGCAUGUGUUUGGUGUGAUAUAGCUAUCAAGAUUUGCACUGAAUAAAAUCAAGGCACUCAUAAGCUGACUAGUUUGUGUGUAGCAACAUAUGCAAAACUGCCUCGUUGCCAAGCUACACAGCUAGUUACCUUAGGACUCUUAACUUAUAAAUUUUUAAAUUUCUGAUCCAAGUAUCAGAAGAGAGACUGUGCACAGCAGCUACUAUUUGGAUCAUGUAAGGGCAAUGUUCUACACACAGGGCUACCAGGAACAAAAUACCUCUUGAAUUAGUUUAAUUGCCCUUGUGGCUAUAUUGAAGAUUUGUCUUCAGUCUCUGUCGUGAUUUGCCAAUAUCUUGAUAACCUCCUUUCUGACUCUGUGAAAAAGAAUUUAGGCUUACAGUAGAUAUAAAUUGCAAUGAGGAAAAAUAGCCAGGCUUGUUUCUGAGAUGCCUUAAUAAGCUGUAUUGGAUCUUAAUCGGUACAGUAGAGGGUUGUAUUAGAAAUUUAUUUAUGCGGUGUUGGGUGUUACUGUGACUACUCUUGAGCCUAGCAGUACUAGGACAUAGGUUGAACAAAACUUAUUCCUUGAUGCAGCAGAAGUCUUUCAGAGGGACCACCCCUCUAGUAAAUGGACAAAGGGAAUUUUUAAAAUCAUUUUUUUUGAACAACCACUAGACAAUGUACAGAAAUUAAAACGGUGUUCAUUCUGUUAAAGGGGUGCCCACUCUGAUUGCUGUAAUCCCUUCUUUAGGAAUGUCAUGUUCAGCCUAAUAACCACAAACAAAAAGGGGAGAAAGGAAGCAAUGCAGAUGUUUACAUUUUAAAUUAUCCAACAUACUUUCCCAUAAAAAUAUAAAGUAUUCUAACAGCUUAUUGCCCAUUGCUUAUUUGCUUUUUGUUUAUAUGCCCAGGUCUACCGAGAUGUAACAUUUUCUUUUAUAGUUAGAGUAUUUGGUUAUCUUUAAUGUAUCCCAACAAAAGGUCAGUGUAUUGCAAUGCCAAACAAUUUUUGCUAGUUCUGAUAUGUUUGUUGACCUGUACACACAUUGGAGAAAAAAUUGUUUCUUCUUCAGGGCUCCUGAAUCCAGUAUAGUUUUUGUCUCAUCGUAAUGCAAACAGGAGAAAGUUAAUUUCUAUCUCUGUAAAUUCUGAGAGGAAUGCUUCCAGUAUUUGAUUAUUUCUGAAACUAAUACUUCAUGUUGCAUCUCCCCUACUUUAGCUGUUGUUGGUUUAUCUUUGCUGUUAAUAGAACAUUCAUCCUAAAAGCACUUAGCCCAACUUUAAGAGUGACGUUAUGAUGAAUUAAUUUCUGAAGCAUCUUUUUAAUGCAUGAACUGAUUUGGAAGCAGUCUUGUGCACUUUUCUGUAAUGUUGGCCAGUAUUAAAGAACACAUUUUUCCUUUUGUGUUAGAGUUAAUGGCACAAUGGACUUGCGUAUAUCAGGGUAUGAAUCUACUGUAGAUGCGGAAGCAUCUCUUCCAAGCUAUGAGUUCUACAUUAGCUUACACAGUCUCCACACAGCUGAAAGAUGCUUUUCAUUGCUGCCUUUAUCUUUGGGGUGCCUACUGUGUGGUUGCUGGUGUUGCUUUGCUGUGAUAUCUGCAACAGGUCAAAGGGUCAAACAAGAUCGUUCUUCAGCCUUCUGAGCCAUUACCUGAUUCACAGGACUGCAAGUCUCCAGAGUGGUUUGCAGCGACAGGGACUUGAGCAGAGCACCAAGAACAUUCUGCAAGUGCAGCAAAGCACUCUUCAGCACAGGAUCCGCAGGAACAGAAAUACUGAGUAUGGCAAAUUGUACCAAUUCUCUAAAAUCACGGAUCGUGAGACAUUUCGUAAUCUUCACCCAUUGACACGUUAUGACCAUUAUGAAGAAUACAUUGAGCGAACUAGCAAAGGGGAAGAAAAUGUGUUGAUUUCAGAGAGGCCAUGUAUCCUGUCUAGGACAUCAGGAACUUCAGGCUCUUAUGCCACAUUGCUGAACACAAAGGAGACAAUGAACGAUUUCCAUCAGGCCUUUGGAGUGGUCUUUCAUUCAAUGCUUGAUGUCUACCCACGGACUAGAAAUUUACAGUGGACUGCAGCUUUUUAUUAUUCCCCUGACUGGACAAAAUCGGAAUCAGGAAUUCCAAUUGGCUCCAAUUUGCCCUCUCUCAUGACAUCCAUGCUCAAGUUGACAAUGUAUUCAACACCAGCGGCUGGAUUUGAAAUUGCGACUGAACCCGAGGCAUUGUACGUUCACCUACUUUUCGCCCUGAAAGAUAGAACCUUGGGAAUGCUGGAGGCACACUUUGCUUCCACAGUUUAUCACAGUUUUGCUCUGUUGCAGAACAAGUGGGAGCAGCUGAUUGAGGACAUUAGGCUGGGUCAAGUCAAUCCCAAGCUGAAGAUUACUGGUGAUGUUCGCCUGAAGCUUGAGGCUCGGUUAAAGCCUGACCCUCAAAGGGCCUCCGAGUUGGCUGCAGAGUUUGAGAUUGGAUUUCGCGGGAUUGCCCGUCGAGUGUGGCCCCACCUUAACUUGGUGCUUUCUGUGGAUUCUGGCUCACAUGAAUUGUAUGGAAGUCACCUGAAAUGCUUCUACUGUCAAGGGGUCCCUAUUUACUCUCCAGUUUAUGCAGCCACUGAAGGACUUAUUGGUGUGAACCUAUGGCCAGGGAAAGAAAAACGGCAUUACCUCUUAUGUCCACACUCGAUGUUUUUUGAAUUUAUUCCUGUUGAUCUCUGCAGUGAAGAACAGCCACAAACUCUGUUCCUGGAUGAAGUGAAGGAAAACGAGUUGUAUGAACUGGUAAUCACAAAUGCUUCUGGUUUGUACAGGUAUCGGAUGGGGGAUAUCAUCAAGAUAGUGGGUUUUCACAAUCAGUGCCCAGUCAUUGAAUUUAAAUACAGAUUGGGCCAGUUGUUAAAUGUCAGGGGAGAGAAAAUCCUGGAGGAAACCUUCUAUCAAACACUACUGCGAACUGUUAGCCUGUGGCCUGGUGCAGUGCUCCUUGAUUACUGCUGUGUAGAGAGUGGCCUUUUAGGAUCAUUUUGUGGCAGCUCAGAUCCUCACUAUGAGGUUUUUGUUGAAAUAAAAGGCGUCAGAAACUUAUCAGAGGAUCAGCGUUACAAGCUGGAUCAAUGCCUUCAGGAGGAUUCAGAGCUGUACCAGUCAUUUAGACGCAAAGGUAGCAUUGGACCAGUGAGAGUUCAUAUUGUGGCACCAGGCAGCUUCAAAGAGUUGAUGGAUUUUAUCACUGCAAAUGUAGGUACUUCCUGCAGUCAGUUCAACAUGCAUCGUAUUCUGAGGAAAAAAGAAUUUUUAAACUUCAUUCAACGAAAAGUAAUUUCGUAAAUAUACAUUAUAUUACUCUUAAAUUUAUCAUAUUGUGCUUUGUUUUUCUCCUGAUUAAUUUAUUUCUUGGGAUAAAGACUCCACCAUUGUGUUACGGAUGGAUCUCAUUCCCUGAAUUUUUCAAUGUAUUGAGUUCAUGCUUCUUGUAGCAAUUGACCAUUGCAUUUGAGAACAACCAAACUGUGCAGGCACAAUAAGAGCACUGAACUAACCCUGAUGGGGCAAACAUUUAUUUGCAAUACAAUAUAUAGAUAUGUGCAUAUAUCUUCUGCACUGAAAAAAAUAUGUUGGUUCUUCUCAAAAUAACUGAAACUACUGUCUUUUUGCAUCCUACAAGACUGACACUGUCCCCAGGGUGUCACUGAACUAAAAGAUUUCAAGAGAAAUCAAAUAUUACUGUAAAUAAUCGCAAUUUAUUACCUUGUAUAUUUGAGAUUGCUUUUACUUAUGCAAUAAAGCCAU